GUAAUGCAGUUAUUGUGUUUGACAUUUAAUGAAGCACGUGUGAAGGAAAAUAUUUUGAAUGUUUUGAUUUGAUCCCAUGUUGUACAACUUGGAAAAUAUAAUAGAAUUGUAAGCAAAAUGAGUAAAAAAUUGUUUGAUGGAUCAGAAGAAAGUGAUGGAGAGGAUCUCCAAAUUAGCACCAAUAAGGAGUAUGCAAAAUCUUACAAUAGUUUCCGUAAAAAGGAGUUAUUAAAGAAAUUUAAGGAUCGUGGAUAUGAUGUUAAUGAGUCCGAUUCAACAAGCGAUAGUGAGUCUUCGUCAGAAGAAGAUGAAGUCGUCGAUGUAAAAUUCGAUCAAGAAUUCCUCAAAACCUUGUCGUCAUUAAAAAAUAAAGAUCCAACGAUAUAUGAUAAAAAUACACAAUUUUUUGGAUCUCUAAAUGAAGCUAUAAACAGUGACGGUGAAGAUGAGAAAAAUGUGUCUAGAGAUAAAAAACAAAAACCAGUAACUUUAAAGGACUAUGAACGUCAAGUUAUCUUGGACAAAGGGGGAAUAUUUGAAGAUGAUUCUGAAGAAGAAGCUCCAAUACGAACCGCAUCUCCAACGUUCGUCGAAGAGGAGCGCAGACUGAAAGAAGAAUUUAAGAAUGUGGUCAAUAAAAACGAUUCGGAGGAUGAUGAAGGGAAUGAAGAAGCAUUUGGAGGUAUUUUCAAAAAAAGAAAUAAAACAAAAGACGAGCAAGAAAAAGAAGAUGCGGAUUAUUUGAAAUGGCUGGCUGGCCAAAAGGACGAUCUGGAAGACCCAAUCAAAGAAUCCUUAAAACCUCUUAAAAACUAUUGGAACAGUAAAAACUUACCUCAAAGUGAACGUUUCUUGCGUGAUUAUAUUUUGAAUAAAGGUUAUGCAAAUACAAAGUCCUCAGAUAUUCCCACUUAUGAUGAAAUCGUUGGUGAUAAUCAACCAUUGUCGGAGGAUGAAAUGGAACUUGAAAAACAAGCAGAAUUCGAGCAAAAAUAUAAUUUCCGUUUCGAAGAACCCGAUGCAGAGUUCAUAAAACGAUACCCCAGAACUAUUGAGCAGUCCGUCCGACAAUCAGAUGAUCGAAGAAAACAAAAAAGGCAAGAAAUAAAGGAUCGGAAGAAGCUUGAAAAAGAACAGAAAAUGAAAGAGUUGGAAAUAGUUAAGGAUAUGAAACGAAAGGAGAUUGAGGAAAAGAUACAGAAGAUUAAAAUGGUAACCGGCAAUGAAGAACUGGGUUUCAAAGACGAAGAACUCGAGGAGGACUUUGACCCGGACGCACAUGAUCGCAGAAUGCAAGAAAUAUUCAAUGAAGAAUAUUAUCAAGUGGACGAAGGCGAGGAAAAACCAGAAUGUCCAUCAGAUAUUGACGAAUUAAAAGUAGAAGACUGGGACAACUAUGAUCCCAAUGAAGAAGAUGCGGGAUAUUACAAUGAUACUCAUUGUGAAGAUGAAGACUUCAACAUGGAUUGUGAUUAUGAUCCCGAAACGGCUAAAGAACAAUUGCAAAGAGAACUUAUUGAAAAUACAAAAAAGAGAAAAAGUCGUAAAGGCCGAAAAAGUGAAUUUAUGGAAUUAAUUAAAACUGAAAAACCCGUGUUUGAUCCAGUCGAUGAGAAAACGUAUGAAGAAUAUAUUGAUGAAUAUUAUAAAUUAGAUUGCGAAGAUAUGAUUGGGGACCUACCGUGCCGUUUUAAGUAUACAGAAACAACGCCAAACGAUUUCGGUCUUACCAUAGAAGAGAUACUCUUAGCUAAAAAUAAAGAACUUAAUCAAUGGGCAAGCUUAAAGAAAACUAUACAGAUUAGACCAGAACACUUGGAAAAGAAGGAUCAAAGGUUAUAUAAACUAAAAGCCAAAAAUGAAGCACUUAAACGAAAAAUAUUCAAAAGUUUAUAUGGCGAUGGGUCUGAUGAUGAAGACGCUGACGAGGAUAAACUAAAUGCAACGGCAAAUCCAGAAUUCAUUGAAAAGGAAGAUCAAGCGAAUAUUAGUGAAAUCGGUAAAAUAGGGAAACGCAAAUUGCAAACAGAAGAAAUAACCAGCUUGCCAUCUACAAAUGAUACAAAUGAAAUUCAAGACAAGAAAAUAAAAUUGAAUGAUCCAAAACCGAAUAAUGACCAAAGCGUAAAAAUAAAUGAAGACACACAAACCAAUAGCAAAAAGAAACGCAAGAAGCGUAAAUCCAAAGUAAGCAAUGUUGAAGUAAAAACAAAGACAGCAGAGCAGCAUCAGAAUUUAAACAACCAACCGCCAAGUAAAUUGAAUCAAAAUAAAGCGAAUCCAUUUAAAUUCACUGAUCCUAAUCCAUCUUCUUCGACAAAUACACCUAAUGCUACUGUUAAAGCGCCGAGUACCCCAACAAAUGGAAAAGUUAAAUCAGGUCAACUAAAUCCUUUUAAAGGAAAUGAAAAUAAUGUGAAAAAAGGUAGCGGUCAAGCAAACUCAGAGCGGGGCUCCCGUUUUAAAUCAAACAAAAUACAGAAAAAUAAACCUAAACCGAAUUCGAAGAAAUUUGAUUCAAGUAAUAAGGCUUCUAAGAACGGCGUAAACAUUAGCGACGAGCGUCUAAAAGCAUACGGAAUUAACCCGAAAAAAUUCCAUAAGAAACAGAAAUAUGGAAAGCCCCAAAAUUAAGUUAUAUUAAGUUAAAAAUUGGAGUUGUAAACAUUAUUUAUUUUUUCAAUUUGUAUAAAAGUAUGUAAUAAGUAAGAUUUAUAAAAAAUGUGCAUAUUUCACUAUAAAAAAUUAAUAUAUCCAAUUAUGUACAUAUCCAUAAUUACAAAAUAUUUUACAUUGUAUGUAAACAUUUUAUUUUGAUUUUGCAUAAAAAUAGUUAAAAUAAAUUAAUUAUUUUUCUAAUGGGGCACAUUUCAUCGAAAA